AUGAAGUCUUUCAACCAUCUUCUCGCACUUGCGUUCAUCCUUCUCGGGGUGGCCGACUCAGUCGCAGCACAGUGCUCUUCAAACGGCACAGCUGACGCCCAAGACCAAGAGAGUUUGUGUAACGCUUUCUGUACCGUCCGCACACAAUGCAAGACGCAAUGCCUGGAGAAACCUUCCGCCCAAUACAGCGGCUGUUUUUGUCAAGAUGUAUGCGUAUGUGCGCGUGAAGUCUGCAACUCAUGCUGUCUCGCGUCCAAUAACGCAGCCUGGUGUGAUGUGUACGAUGCAUCUGAUAUCAGUUACUGCUCCGAUUUUGGGGACACUGCUCCUGCGGACCAGUGUGCCGUGUAUGCAGAUACAGUCUACGACCCUACCGCACCCUUUCCAUCGUCGGUCGAGUCGUUCUUGGAGCAGAUCCCGUUGCCCACAGGCAUUACGUUUCCUUCCGACACCUGUGACAGUUCACCAGCUUCAGCGACUGCGGAAUCCACUGCACCUGCUGCCGUCGUCACCUCCUCGUCUUCCUCUGCUAGUACCGCUUCCCCGGCUUCCUCCACUGCUACCGCUUCCUCGUCGUCAUCCGCAUCCACAGACCAAACGAGCACCGCAAGCCAGCCGAGCAGCACGGCCACAUCCAACUCUGCUGCGGGUUUCUCUACCGAGAUGACCAAGGUCGCAGUGGCUAUAUUAGCUGCUGGACUGGUUCUGGCAUAA